AUGAUUUCAGAUGAUGGUGGUUUCACGUGUCUGCGGUGCAAGGCGGCCUUCACGAGGAACGACAACCUGCAGAGGCAUUUGAGGUUCGUGUGCGGCGUCGAGCCGCAAUUCAGGUGCGACUUUUGCGCGUACUCCGCGAAACGGAAGGAGGCGCUGUCCAGGCAUCUGCGGAGCGCCGCGGAUGCACUGUUCAAAUCGUCGGUGCCUAGGAACCUGGAUUUGUCUUACUACAUCAGCAGUGAGGGGCGGUACUGCUGCCCCCAGUGCCCCGACAAGGUUUACAAAAACAAGAGGAACCUGAAGAGGCACCUCUGCCAGAUGGCGUACGUGAGCAGCCUCUGCCAUUUGUGCGGAGUGCUCAUGGACACCAAAGUCAAUCUGGUGAUCCACAUGAACACGGUGCACUCGACGUCGCAUCCCAAACUGUGGGAUCUCUGCCCGUUCAGGCCGUUCAAGUGCACCAGGUGCAAGGGAUACCUGGAGAGACCGUUCAGAUGCGGCAACUGCACGAAAUCGUACAAGCACCGUCACAACCUUAGGAGACACUCCAAAUACGAGUGCGACGGAAUCUCGCGCUUCGUCUGCCAUUUGUGCUCCAAAGCUUACACGCAAAAGUCUAGCUUAAAGCAGCACAUUAUGAUGACGCAUUCGCAAGAAGCAGCCUCGUGCAUCUAUUGA